GGUGGAGGAGGAGGAGGAGGAGACGGAGAGUUAGAGUUAGAAAAGGGGGAGACAAAUGUAAUUUCUGUUGCAUCUGGCCAUCAGCUCUCUGACCAGCCCAGUCCAGAGCAGCUCCUCACAGGGAAAGCCUUUAUGAGCGAGCAAGUGGAAGUGAUCUGAGUUUUUGAGCUAAGUCGUCAGUGUCAGUGUCAGCAUGGCCGGGGGCUCGGUGUCUGAGUGUAAGGAGUACUUGUUCAAAGUGCUGGUGAUCGGGGAAUUAGGCGUCGGGAAAACCAGCAUCAUCAAACGCUACGUGCACCAGCUUUUCUCGCAGCACUACAGGGCGACGAUCGGGGUCGACUUUGCACUUAAAGUAAUCAACUGGGACAGCAAAACGCUGGUCAGGUUACAGCUGUGGGACAUCGCAGGUCAAGAGCGAUUUGGGAACAUGACGCGGGUGUACUACAAAGAGGCCGUGGGGGCGUUCGUGGUGUUCGACGUGACAAGGGGCUCCACAUUUGAAGCUGUAUCUAAGUGGAAGCAUGACUUGGACAGCAAGGUGAAGCUGGCUAAUGGCAACCCCAUCCCCUCAGUGCUGCUCGCCAAUAAAUGUGACCAGAAGAAAGAGAGCUCCAACAACACAGCCCUAAUGGACAAUUUCUGCAAAGAGACUGGCUUUCUGGGCUGGUUUGAAACCUCAGCUAAGGACAACAUCAACGUGGAUGAGGCAGCACGUUUCCUGGUAGAGAAUAUCUUGGCUAACGACAAAGGUUUGCCAUACGAGGAGAGCAAUGGAGACCGGAUCAAACUGGACCAGGAGACUGUGGCUGCUGAGAGCAAGUCAGGCUGCUGCUAACACUCAAUCCAUUCACAUUAGCCAUCCGCCUCCCUUUGGCAGGGUCCGAUGCCUGUGGCUCUCAGCCCUCUACUGCAACCUCGCAGAGGAAUAUGAAUUUUUGGGUCUUCAAAGCUCCAGGAACUUCUCCUCCCGGCACUGCUGCCCAUUUGACCUGCACAUCCAAAUCUCUCACUGUAGCUAUCCCUAGGCCAGAACAGAAGCCCAAUUUUAUCUUGAUGUUGUCGCAAAUGUUGCCAUUGCCUCUACCAUGCUGUUUCCUGUUUCGUCCCACAUCUCCAAACCACAGGAUCUUUAUUAUUGUGUUUGUCUCACCACAUAUUCACUUGACUGUGUAUUCUACCACCAACUAUGAACUCCACCAAGCCCUUCAUACUAUACUCCUUCUGUUGCCCUGACAGCCUCUGGAGCCCUGGACGGUACCUCACCUGAGAAGGGGUGGAAACUAAGCAGAACACUGAGAAACACUGCUAGAGAACAACCUGUAGCCUCCUAGUAUCUGUCACUUUUGGUCUAUUUUCUCUCAUUAUCUUUGUCAUUUAACAUUUGUCUAUGAAACAAGAGACUUUAAUUGUUCAGUCUGUCUGAAGUCUUCCUUCGGUUACUGUCCCUUAGACAUUCAUGUUACAUCAUACUCAUGUUUGUGUGUCCACCUGUUCUCAUAUCAGCAUCACAGUUAAGCAAUAUCAAAAUGUUGGCGUAUCUCAUUGCUAUUAUGAAUUGUUUUCUUUAUGCCAUAUCUUCUCUGAAAUAAUGUGCCAUAAUACUUUUUUUUUUAAUAUUUUAAAAGGAGGGUGGGUCACACUUUUCGUUGUUCACUCAGACCUUUACAAGGACACAGAUGGACAAUACAGUAUUUCAGAAAAAAAACUCUAAUGAUGGUUAUGUAUGAGACACUGAGAAAUCGUCUGAUUGUCUCUCCACAAGUAUGAAAAUGUGGAACUGAUUUACAGUAUGUAUUUUUAAAAUGUGUUGGGUCGUGCAUUAUACAACUGGUGAGAUAAAAACAGAGUCAUACAGAGGACUGCACUCUCUUGUACAUAGGGAUGGUAAUCUGUUAAGUGUUCAGAUGAAAUAUGAAUUUUUUAACAUGGAGAUGAGAUUAAGUUUACAUGUGAAAAUACUUUAAAUAUACAAGACCAAAACAGAAUAAACAUUUUAACAGA